ACGGGCCCUCAAGUUCCUCGACCUGCAUCCAUCAUCUGAGUGCCUGAAUUGAGCGAAGAGUGACUAAUCAGCGACACAGAGAGAGAGAGAGAGACUCGAGACAUGUGCACUCACUGUUGUGUCUGUCUGUCUGUAAGUGUAAGUUCCGUUAUGUAAGUAUGUAUCCUGUCCCACCUCCACUGUACAUACGUACCAGUCAACAAGGUGGAGUGGAGACUCAAGUUGCGGGUGAGAUUGGAUGAACUCGGCAGAUGGUUACCGGUUUUUACCACGAGGUACCUCAUAUUCAGGCUGCAGGAGGAUGGAUCAUGGAUGUGCAGCUGUGUAUUGGUAUGGUACGUAACGUGCCAGUUAUUGGCUGGCCGAGCCACUCCCUCCCACAACUACGUAGUACUCUUUCGUACCUCUGUAGGAGGUUCUCGCUCGUUCGCCUACCUUCCGCCAUGGGGGAACCAACCUUUGGGUUCAACCCCCCUCUCAAUAAUUCAUUGACUUCUGGGUCUUUCGCCCCUCCAACUAGUUCUCAUUUGGGUUUAGUGGAGACCCAAACUGCUAUCAUCUCAUCCGGUACCUCCCCUUAUCCCUAUCAUCUACUUGCUCCCCCCCCCCAGAAGCCCAAGUUAGUCACUCUCGGGUCAAUCAGUCAUACUCCUACCAGUCUGGCACCUAGUCAUCGUUUCUCUUCCUCCUCCUCCCCCCCCCCAAUAACUAUCCGCAUUCCAUUCCUCUCUCAUCUUCCUAACUCCCUCCUCCAUCCUAUUCUACCUUCUACCUUCUACCUCCUACUUUCUCUCUUCACCUUCCCACCUUCCACCUCUUCACCUCGCUUCGCUCCGCUCCUCCAAACCUCAUCUAUACCUCCUAGCCGCCCUCAACAUCUCCGUUGCUCCUUCCUCCUUAUCUACUACGCCUCCUCGACUACUCGCCACCUCGCCUUCUUCAAUACAAAUCCAACCCCGUCUCCCAUUAGCUCAUCCAUCUUCAACCUCUUCGCUCCAUCAUUGUUGCGACACGAUACAGUGCUUUGACAAGUUCUACAUCUGAUUAGACCAACGUCGUGUUCUUCUCCACUGGAUCUACUUCAGAAACUGCACUGCUUCUGGUUGCAUCAACAAGCUUGAACACGUCCGCUUUACCUCGCCUUGUCUCGUCUUUUGCCUGGCCUUCCCAACACCUAUCCCCCGUGACUCAUUUUCGCUCUCAAGCCAACCACGUCGAGUGCUUCCUCGGACCCACGUUUCGUCUACCUAACUGCAGACUGUCCUUC